UGGACAGAAACGUCAUCUGUCAAAGAAGCUGCAAUCAACAGGUAGAUUCAAAUUAAUUAAAUAUUUCAAAGCGUUUAUUCUAAAUGUUUGAUAAAGUUAGAAGUAUAUUUGCGCAUGGCGUGAACAUUAAACAUUCCUUAUUAAAAGUUGCAAUCAGUUGUGCUGAGAAUGGUUAUGCUGUGUGGUUCAUAACUCCACAAGAGAUAAAUUCGUUACCUGAUAAUCUUCCAAUACCUGAUACUGAAGUAUCAAAGCUUCUAACGUUUCUGUAUUUAAAGGAUUAUUCAGAUUUCUUAAGUAUCUUGCAUGGUAUUCAUGGUUGGAACAAGAUCCCGAAUAUAAUAAUAGUUAAUUCAUUAAAUGUUUAUGUGAGAGAAGACAACAAUGAUUUUGUUUCAGCAGCUCACAUUAUAUCAAAUGUAAUUUCUGCUGGGAUGGUUUGUGCUAAGAAACACAAAGAUAACAAAGCUAUGGUCCUAAUGGGAUGCUCAAAUAUAGAUUUCUAUAAGAAAUUCAUCGAUUUGCAUUGCUCCGAAGUUUUCAACGCGGAUUCUAAUGAUUUGGGUUUAAUUGUAAAUGGUUAGGAUAGGAUAUUGUCAAGUUGGAAAUGUCAAUUUGACGUAAAUUGUAAAACAUCCUGUGGUUUUGUUGGAACGUUAAUUACGC